AUGGAUAACUCUCACGUUUACGACCAAGGGUUCGACUUUGGUUCGUUUAUCAACUUCCCUGAAGACAACAACACGGACUUCCAAUUCCCCACUGAGGAUGUCUCUGCCGAUCUGAGCUUCUCGGACAUGCAGCUCAUCCCAGACAUGGACUUCUCCCAGUACGAUGCAAGUGUCAAUGCUUUUGACACCUUUGAGUAUCCUGCCUCUUCGGUCAAUGAGAGUCCCCUCACAGCCAAUUACGAAUCAUUUGCACCACAAGCGGAUGAAUUCCGUUUCCUCGUAGAUUCAUGGGCAUCUGCAGACCAACGCUCCCGCUCCAUGAAACAAAAAAGAAGAGACGCCGCCAUUGACCUGCAUUUGCAACGCUUCGCAACCACGCAUUCUGACUCUCAAUUGUUUCCCACCGAUUCGGAAUUCUCCUUCUCCGACUCGCCUUCAAACUCGUACUCCCAAUCAUCACAGCAGAGCCCGAUUGCGAGCACACCAGUCUCUUCAGCAUCUCACAGCGAUAAGUCGGUCCCUCAGACCGGUGGCCAGGAGCUUGUGUUUGACAUCAAUCUGAACACGGCUAAGAAUUUGCCAAAAAAACAGAAGAAGCGCACUCAAGCUCAGAUAGAAGACUACAUCAACGCUCGCCGGAACGGCGCUUGCCUCAAGCACAAGAAACAACACAAGAAGUGCAACUGCCACGAGAAACAAUCAGCAAAGGUUGCAUUGGAAACCAAGAGAAAACGCAAGGCAACCUUGUCCAAGGCUGCUAGGCCUGCACCAGGAUUAGUGACUACUUCACCAUCUGAGACUCCAUCUACUACUUCUCGGUCAUCUUUCUCGCCAUCCUUAUUUUCUCAAGUUGAUAGCCAAUCGUUCAACGAGGAGAUUGACUCCGCCUUGGCAAGCUUGGAUGACUUGAAUGACAUGGAGCGAUGGGCAAACUUGGUAUCGCAUACAUCAACAGCAGAUGCAGCCCAACUUUAUCAAACAGAGUCAUAUGGCAUUUCACCUGCUCGUCACCGUACCAUCAACACGCCGGAGGUAUCCACAAAUCUACAAACCAAUUUUGGAUACUUGCCACAGCGGGACGAAUCCUUCAAUCACUUGCUUGGACUACGGGAUGGCAUCAGCGAUGGCGGCUCAUACAAUGCUGGCGGACUAGUCACGACAGGAGGACUAUCAGCCCUGGAAGUAGGCACGUCUGGCCUCACGCCGAAUAUUUCAUCUGGACAGGAAGCUGUACAGACAACAGGACUUACAAGACUAGCAAACGCACAAGGACUGGUGUCCACCCCGACCCAACAGGUGCUACCAACGAAUGUCUCGCUGGUUCAUUCAGAAACGUCGCCGCGACAACCGGGCGGCGCAUCUACUCCAGUGCAGAAUACUUCGUCUGUACGGCUAGGCUCAUUGGAAUCAACCACGAUGGUACUGCCAACCGCACAACAACAGCAAUCCACCUCGGUCCCGCAGAUGCUACCGACGACCAGCUCGCUGGUUCCACCGGCAGCAUCAUUGGGACGACCGGUCCACCAAGGACCAGUGGAAAUUGUUGUGCCAGCGUCAAGCGUGGUUCGACAGACAGUGCCAACUUCAAGCUUACUACCACUGUCUUCGACAGCAAUGCCUCGACUUUCGACGGUUGCGCCUUCAUCUGUUGCUCCAGUGCUAUCGACAUGGCAAGAGGCUCCAGCUCCAUCAGCAGUGAUGGUGCUCUCGGCAAUCCUCGCCCCGGAACUGCAAACUCUGUUCAGCGGACUACAAGCAUCAAACCCUCUCAGUGCAAUGUUCAAAGACGCCCCACAGACCGGGUAUCUGGCAGUUCAGGAAUUCUACAGAGUUUCUACAGUCAUUUUAUCCGCGGUGUACUGGAUGUCAAAACUUUGUGUCGAGGCUUUCCAAGGCAUGCAACAAGUUGCGAUGCUGUUUCAGUCGACAUUGUAUAAUAUCGCCGAGCGAUUCCACCAACGCAAGCCUGUGACGAAUACUUGUGCCUCGGUGUUGUCUACUUCGCUAUCUUUAGGUCGCCCGAUGGCUCUGCAAGUUUGA